GCACGUUUAUGACUACCCGGAUAUUGCAACGGCUUUCAACAACAGGCGACAUGUGGUAUGAUAUUUUUUUGUUAUGUUGGGAUGAUGGAAAGGACAACCUCAAGUCCAAUAAUACGAUCACUGCUAGAGAUCGAGCUGAUACCCUAGACGACCUAAUGGAGAUCUUUAAAGAAGAAGUAAGAGAGUUCGGAAACGUACGGUGGAUCUUUUGGAAUUGGCAGCAUGUCAUGAAAAGGAACCAAUGGAUGAAAUUCGGCGCUGCGGAGGCCGUAUAAUAUUUAUGGAUAUCGAAAGUCCGACCAUAAGCGCCCUUCGAAAUCCACGAGAAGUCGAUACGAGCAUUUUCAAGCACGAGAUCAAUUUCGCUCAGCUCAAACACCUUCAGGUUCUAUGCGGCUUGUUGAAUAGGAGCCAGGGCUAUCCUUUGACUGACUACUGUGAGGAAAAUCCUCAAAAAGAGAUACUCAGCGCUCUCGCACGGAAAGUAGAACUCCACUUCAAUUUUAGUUCAAGCGGAUUUUUCGGUAGAAGACUGAAAACUGAAGAUUACGACUUUCACGAACGUGAAAAAUCGUUCUAUCUGCACCAGGGAAAAUACAACGGUCUCAUUGGUGAUCUUCAGCAACGUCUCUUUGAUAUCAACGUAGUUAGUGUUUUUCCAUCGGAGGACCUUCAGGAUGCCAUCACCUUUGCUUCGUCGUAUUACCGCUUUGAUCAGCUAACGUUUUUUGCGCCACCGGCAAUUAUGGAGUUUGGCUCGCUUAAAACGAUCUGGAUGCCAUUUAAACCUGAUGUUUGGGCCUGUGUUAUCGCCAUGAUUAUUGGAGUUUCCAGCAUCAUGGCUAUAUUCGUAAAAUUAAAGUUCGGCAAAACUUGGUUUUCAUACAACCUGUUCUAUAUGUCGCAGCCAAUGACAGCCCGAUUGCCCGUUAUACCGCGACAGUUCCAUCGUGUUCUACCGAUAUAUAUACUCUUGGCCGCCUGGCUGCUAGGUAGCUACCUGAUUUCUAUGUUUUAUUCAGGCGUCCUUACAUCGUUUCGUCAACACCCGCGUACAACGCCUGUCAUCGAUACUUUUCAGGCUUUAGAAGCGAUUCUUAGUCAGCAAAGCAAGAGGUCGUCGACGUCAACGACAUGUUCGGGUGAUUGCAUGGCAGUAGCUGUCUUGAACGACACGAAAUAUCGAGCAAUUCUUAAAUCCGAGGGUGGAAGCAGCUAUCUGGACCUCGCUCGUAAGCACCUCACCUACUGCAGCAAAGUGGAACAGUGCAUCGAUCUGGUUAUACAACGAAAACAUGUAUUCUUGUCCUCGGACUAUACAAUGAAGUGGUACGUGGGCACAGAUCCGAAAAAUGGAGUUGUUCAGCGUGCAAAAGACAAUAUCAAUGCCGGACGCUUGUCUAUAACCCUUCAAAAAGGCUCCCCCAUCCAAAAUCAAGUCACUCGUAUUAAUCAACAGCUUUUCGAACUCGGAGCGUUCGAGAAAAUUGUGGCCUUGGAGGAAUAUCAGCUCAAACCGAUUUACAACAAAACCAAUUUAAUUCCUCCAUCUUCCGUGAUGACUACGACCGACAUGAGAGGACUAUUCGAGUUAUUUGCGAUGGGAAGUUUUUUUAGCUUAUUGGCUGCGUUGUUAGAAAGACUUCUUUAGGAUGGCCUGUGUGCCUGCGUGCUAUUGUCGAAGCGUUGUGACUAUACAAGCCGAGUCCUGCGAGACUCCCCCAUUGUGAGAAGUGGCCACAGAGCUAGAACCGACCGUUGCAGCCCAGCUGAGGGAAUGCCCUCUUCUAGACGACAUGGCAAUCUGUCGAAGAACUUUCUGAGCACGCAAAAAAGCCUCUUUCUAUUAGCAGAUAGCUCUGAUCUGCUACGCGUUCCAUUUUAAUGUCUGGCCACGAAUUGCAGUAACAAGCGCUCUCAAAGUAGCAAAAAUACGAUCGUGAAACGACUCAGCUAGUUUAUGUUUAAUAAUACACCUACGUAAUAGGAACGUUGACUAGGACUACGUUAUUGGCAUGUUCAGGUUAAUUAAUGAUUGCUUAAUUGAGAUUAACUGAAGAGGACAAAUAGAUGCGAGCUAGGG